AUGAAGAUAAGUUCUGGAGGACUAUGUUUCUUUGUUGUGGCUUUAUUUUUUGGCCUUUCUUUGGUUGAUGGACUUUCUCGUAAAACCCUAAUUCAAGAAGGCACCUCUUUGAAAAACACCACCAUUUCUUCAAAGGCUCAUGAUCAUGUGGCAGUAGUUGGUACUCCUGAUCAUAAUACUAAGAGUGGAUCAGCCAAAGGUGGUGGUUCAAGUGGCGGUGGACGAGGAGGAUCAGGCGGUGGCAGUGGCUCAGGUGGUGGAGGAGGUGGUGGCAGUGGCUCAGGUGGUGGAGGAGGUGGUGGCAGUGGUUCAGGUGGUGGUGGAGGAGGUGGUGACAGUGGUUCAGGUGGAGGAGGAGGAGGUGGCAGUGGCUCGGGUGGUGGAGGAGGAGGUGGCAGUGGCUCGGGUGGUGGAGGAGGAGGUGGCAGUGGCUCAGGAGGUGGAGGAGGAGGUAGCAGUGGCUCGGGUGGUGGAGGAGGAGGUGGCAAUGGCUCGGGUGGUGGAGGAGGAGGUGGCAGUGGCUCAGGAGGUGGAGGAGGAGGCAGUGGCUCGGGUGGUGGAGGAGGAGGUGGCAGUGGCUCAGGAGGUGGAGGAGGAGGCAGUGGCUCGGGUGGUGGAGGAGGCAGUGGCGGUGGCUCGAGAGGUGAUGGUGGCAGUGACAAUGGUAACAAGAAAAGAAGAAACAAUGGACACAAGAAGAAGCGUGAUGGAGGAAUGAGUGGAGGUGGGGGUGGUGGCGGAAAUGGUGGAGGUGGCGGUGGAGGAGGAAAUGGAGGAGGUGGUGGUGGUGGUGGCGGCGGCGGUGGUAAAGGAGGUGGCGGCGGCGGCGGUGGUGGUAAAGGAGGAGGAGGGGGCGGUGGUGGUGGUAAAGGAGGAGGAGGGGGUGGUGGUGGCGGUGGCGGUGGCGGUGGAGGAGGAGGCGGAGGAGGAGGAAGUUGGGGUGGAGGUGGUAGUUGUUGGGCAUGGGGAUGUAAGACCAAGGGUCCAAAGUAUUAA